UUGUUAUUUAUUUUUUUUUGUUAUUAUUUCCGUCAAUUUAGCAUAUUGAAUAUGAUUUAACGAAAAUGUUUUUCCUUCUGGUCACCAUAGGCAGUUGGGUCGACCUGGUGCUGCUUCAGCCGAUUGCAUUUGUUAUUGAAACGAUCUUGGCUGUGUUGCAUUACUUUCUGUGGGGCAGUUGGCUGGUUGGAUAUUGCCUGGUGGAAGGAGGACUCGCUGUAUGGAAUUUCAUUCGAUUCGGAGCUGCUGAAAUAUCUCGCUUCUGUAACGAUGUGGGCUUAAUCACCUUUGAUGUUUUUGAUUAUGUCUAUCUCGGGACUACAGAUGGAUUGCUGCUUGUUAAGACUGUGGGGCAAGGGAUUCUGGAAUUUAUAUGUAAUCUUCUGAUUGCCAUAGGAUCUGUUGUCUUGUGGGUAGUGCUCCUGUUGCCGCGAGCUAUAAUUGCUUUGGCCGACAACGUGCUGGAUUUCAUAUUCAAUUCUGGUGUGGAAUUUGGCAUGAAACUAUUGAACAAUUUGUUUCUGCUUUCCAUAGGAUUGGUUCUUCUCCUGCUUAUGCACACAUAUCGUCACUAUUUGUCCAUGUUUAUUACCGAAUUUGUGCUGGGUCGGUUGCGACUCAUGAUGGCAGCCAAAAUGAGAAGUGCCUACUUCUGGACAGAUCAACAAUUGGCCUGGAUGAUGCAAAAGAUGCGAGACACACCCAUGGAUGUCAACUCGUUAAAUAAUCGUCCUGGUUGUGUAAUUUGUAUGGAUCGUAAUCGUAAUAUAGUCAUCCUGCCAUGUCGCCACCUCUGCUUGUGCAAGGAAUGCUCUCAACAAUUUGAACAACGUUUUGAAGACAGGUGUCCAGUUUGCCGAAAUGCUAUUUCAUCCUUUCUUCCUGUUUAUGUUUAAAAUUUAUGUUCUAGUUUUUAUGAUAUAUAUGUAAAUAUUAUUAGCAAAGAUAAGACUGUUGCCUUUGAGAACUUUCAAGGAGUUAUUUACCUCGAUUACUUUAACCUUUGAAUUUAAAAAUUAGAAUGACGAAUUACCUAAAUUUCCUUUGUAAAAUUACUUUUUAUACAGUAUAUCUAGUUAAAGACAAUAUUUUUAUAAGAUUUCUAUGUAAAAAUCGUCAAAGAAUCAUAAGAAAUGUACAUAAUAUGGACCAAACAAAGAUAAAAUAGAACUAAAUUAAAAUACAAAUGUACAAAUGAUACUGAACGUGCAGUAAGUGAAUAUUAUUUUUUAAAAUUUCAAUUAAAAAAAUGUAUUCUGAAAAUAAAACAGAAGGUUUUGAGUUAUUUCAGCAA